AUGGAUCCGCUUGAUGAGGAGUCCUUCUUGGAGGAGCUCAUGCCGCUUCACCGGGAGGAGGCGCCGGCGCCGCCGUACCCGGGCAACAACAGCAUAAUGACGAUCAGCGACCUCCUCUUCUACGGCGGCGGCAAGGGCUGCACUGCCGAGGAGAGGAGUGGCCCAUUUCAGCAGCCCAUGCUGCCCUCGCCGCCGGCCGUGCGUCCGCACCCGCACCAGGAGUACAACUUCAACUACCUGAGCGAAGUGUGCAACCCCUGGAGGAGCUGCAUCCCUGACCCUCCCGCGGUCGUCCAGGCUGCUGCCGGCAAGGCGCCGCUCACUCUUCCCCUUCAUGACGCUAUUGCGAGCUCGUCAACGUUCGUGUUCGGGGGAGGGGCCGGGGAGAGCUCGGGGAUGAGAAGCAUGCCGGCCUCCGGCACCCACCCGGAGAGCAAGCUCAAUGCCGGAAGCGGAACUCCGUCAAAGAACCUCAUGGCGGAAAGGCGGCGCCGGAAGCGGCUCAACGACCGCCUCUCCAUGCUCCGGUCCACCGUGCCCAAGAUUAGCAAGAUGGAUAGGACUGCGACCCUCGGGGACACCAUAGACUACGUCAAGGAACUGACCAAGCGGAUUAAAACCGUGGAGGAGGAGAUGGGCACCACGCCCGAGGAGCUGAACCUGCUCAAAAAUUUCUCCAGCGGUGGCAACGAGGAGACGCCGACGAGGAGUUCCACCAAGUUAUGUGCUAACAUCGAGAACCAAGGCGGGGGCGACACGAAGAUUGAGAUCUGCUGCUCGACAAACCCCGGAGCGCUGAUUGCGACGGUGACCGCGCUGGACGUGCUGGGGCUGGAGAUCGAGCAGUGUGUCGUGAGUUGCUUCAGUGACUUCGCCAUGCAGGCCUCGUGCUCACAAGCGGAAGGGAAGAGGCAGGUGAUAAGCACAGACGAGAUCAAGCAGGCAUUGUUGAGGAGCGCAGGCUACGGGGCAAGGUGUCUCUAAGCUAUAGCUAGCUAGAGAUACAAGCGGUUUGUAAUCUCGAUGAAUACGUGCUAGAUUUGCUCUUUUUUAUGAAUUAGUGUAGGAGUUUUUUCGGGAAUAUCUUCGAUGAGUAUUUGUUGUCACCGGAUUGUCUUCUUUGUGUGCGUGAGAUGCAUGA